GAAGCGUGUCUACAGUGUUGUUCUCAAAUUUUAAAUUUUAAUUCAACCUAUUUCUAAAUUGAAAGUUCCUGACAGAACGCCAAAUCAAAAUUAUUGGCCAUGUUUUUAACACGAGACAUUCUUUCUCCCAUUCAACUGAAACGACUGAGUGACCACAAAUAUAAUUCAUCAGGACGAACGCUUUUGGAUCCCAUAGUUCAGCCUUUCUGGAACUGGUUGGUGUUGAAAUUGCCCUUAUGGUUAGCCCCUAAUCUAAUGACAAUUACCGGACUCUUAAUUAAUAUUCUCACGUCUGUCAUUUUAAUUGGUUACAGUCCAGAUGGAACGCAAGAGGCCCCAAGAUGGACAUUCGUACUGUGCGCAAUUGGCCUCUUUAUCUACCAGACGCUCGACGCUUUGGAUGGGAAGCAGGCGAGAAGAACUGGGACCAGUUCUCCAUUGGGGGAGCUUUUUGACCAUGGUUGUGAUUCCCUCUCCACAGUGUUCGUUUCCCUUGGCGUGUGCAUCGCAGUGCAGCUGGGUACCUUCCCGUAUUGGAUGUUCUUCCAGUGCUUCACCGCCAUGACGCUUUUCUACGUUGCACACUGGCAGACGUAUGUUUCGGGGACUCUCCGCUUUGGAAGGUUUGAUGUAACAGAAGCUCAGUAUACAGUUAUGUUAAUUCACUUGAUAUCAGCUUUGUUUGGACCACCCAUUUGGGCAACUAGGAUAGCUUCAGUGUACAUAGAAGUAAAAUUACUUCCCGUGUUUGUUGGAAUAGUGGCAGCUUCUUUUGCAUUUUAUUCUAAUAUCACAUCUAUAUUUACUGGAGGGGCAGGGAAAAACGGAUCCACAAUUGCAGGUUCGAGCAUCUUUUCUCCAAUCAUCCCCCUGGCCCUGGUGGUGGUGCCAGCCUUUGUCAUCUAUCAGAAGUCUGUGUCCAACAUCUACGAGCACCACCCCUGCCUCUAUAUCUUAGCAUUUGGAAUGGUGGCUUCCAAGGUCACCAAUAAAUUGGUGAUCGCUCACAUGACAAAAAGUGAAGUUGAAUAUCUGGAUUCUGUGCUGGUGGGGCCUGGCAUGUUGUUCAUGAAUCAAUAUUUCAACACUUUCAUUGAUGAGUACAUUGUCCUGUGGCUGUGUUUCGUGUAUUCAGCGUGCAAUCUCCUCCACUACAGUACGAUUGUCUGCCGCCAGAUCUGCUCCCACCUCCAUAUCAGCCUCUUCACCAUCGUGCCACAGGACAGCUCCAAGAUGGAAGAGGAACCGAGCUCCCUAGUGUCGGCACCACUCUUGCAAAAUGAUGGCGCCUCAGAGACCUCAGAUCUAAUCUCCAACCCCCGAUCCCCAUCCUAUCAACAUCCAUUCCUAGAGGACGGAGACUCUGUGGACGAAGUGAAACUGGAUGACGAAAUCCCGUGAUGUCAUACCCUGC